AUUUUAGGCUGUAGGGACUGGUGAAGCCCAAAGAUUCGGCUUGACCACUUGUCAAAAGUAGCGUUUUCGAGUAGUCGUACAGACGCGGCAAAAGGUGGAGGAGGUAGAGGAGGUAACAGACGUAGUGGCGGAAGAAUUUACAAGUCUCGGAUGCCUAUUCUCAUUCCUCAGAGAAAUCCUGCUAGUACUAAUUACUACGAAAACAAAGACGGAGCAAGAAUAGUGAAAUCUUCACACUUUGAACUGGAUUAUAUGUUAGGAAGGAAAAUAACAUUCUUUUGCAUGGCUACUGGAUUUCCAAGGCCCGAGAUCACCUGGUUGAAGGAUGGAAUCGAAUUGUAUCAUCAUAAAUUCUUCCAGGUGCAUGAAUGGCCUGUUGGUAAUGACACGUUAAAAUCAAAAAUGGAAAUUGAUCCUGCCACACAGAAAGAUGCAGGGUAUUACGAAUGUCAAGCUGAUAAUCAAUAUGCGGUUGAUCGACGUGGCUUUAGAACAGACUAUGUCAUGAUCUCUUAUUAA